UCUAUCCCUCGUCGGGCCCUUGUGGCCACCUGGCGGGAUGGGAGGGAAAUAAAAGAUAGAGACGCGGAGUUAGUUAACAAGCUCUCCUCCUGUUCUUCUUCCUCCUCCUCCUCUUCCUACCCCAGCCAGAGAGCAGCGUCAAGCCUUCAGACGGGGAGAGAGGACGCCGCGGGGAGGGAUUAAGAAAGGAAGGGAACAAUAGACACCUGCCGAAACAAUAACAACAGACAAGGAAGCCUCACACAACUUGACAUGCAUCUGAAACACGCACACUCUUCACGCUAAGUGGAAAAAAGCUGGAAGUAAAUGAGUAAACCAUCUCCAAAGAAAUAAGGAAGGAAGGAUGGCGAGUAAUUUGAAAGUGCAUAUGCUUCGGCUUAUUCCUGGACAAGAGGUGAAGGAGGCGCUGGAGGAGUACGUGCGCCGCCAUGCUCCCAGGGGCGUCUUCGUUAUGACCUGCUGCGGCUCCGUCACCUCCGCCACACUCCGCCUCGCUGCUAACACCAACGGGGAGACCAACAAGAUCAAGACCUACAACCAGCACUUCGAGGUCCUGAGCCUGUCUGGGACGCUGAGCAAGGGCGGCACACACCUGCACAUCUGUCUGAGCGACAAUGAAGGAGGCACCGUGGGAGGGCACGUGAUGGGCGGCCUGCGGGUCUUCACCACUAUGGAGGUCGCCCUUGGUGAGCCCCUUGACCUGACCCUUGACCGUGCCUUCGACGACUCCACUGGCUUCCCGGAGCUCACCAUCACUAGGGAUGCAGAAGAUAGCGCUUCUCAACACCAGCAGAAGGAGGGUAGCGCUUAGACCAGUAGGAGGGUAGUGCUUAGAUCAGUAGGAGGGUAGUGCUUUUCAACACCAGCAGAAGGAGCCUAGCCCUUCUCAACACCAGCAGAAGGAGUCUAGCGCUUCUCAACACCAGCAGAAGGAGUCUAGCGCUUCUCAACACCAGCAGAAGGAGUCUAGCGCUUCUCAACACCAGCAGAAGGAGUCUAGCGCUUCUCAACACCAGCAGAAGGAGUCUAGCGCUUGUCAACACCAGCAGAAGGAGUCUAGCGCUUCUCAACACCAGCAGAAGGAGUCUAGCGCUUCUCAACACCAGCAGAAGGAGUCUAGCGCUUCUCAACACCAGCAGAAGGAGUCUAGCGCUUCUCAACACCAGCAGAAGGAGUGUAGCGCUUGUCAACACCAGCAGAAGGAGUGUAGCGCUUCUCAACACCAGCAGAAGGAGUCUAGCGCUUGUCAACACCAGCAGAAGGAGUCUAGCGCUUGUCAACACCAACAGAAGGAGUGUAGCGCUUCUCAACACCAGCAGAAGGAGUGUAUGCCAAGAAAUUCAGGUGAUGGAUUGCUGAGGACUCGUUUAUCAGAUUAAUCAGUGAAAGAAGGAAAUGACUGGAGUUGAUGGUGAAAGCUGAAGUGCACUCAGAUAUUCAGAAAAAAAGAAAGAAAGAAAAAAGAUGAUAGAAACAGGAAAACAUGAGGAAUAGAUAAAUUGGUAAAUGGUAAAUCAUAAUGAGCAAAAAAGUGAUAAAUGGCAAAACUUAAUGCAUAGAUAAGCUGAUAAAUGGUGAAACAUGAUGAUAUUGGUGAGAGAUAAAAACACAAUGAGUAAAAUAGUUGAUAAAUGGUUAAAACAAUGAGUACAAAAGUUGAUAAAUGGUAAAAACACAAUGAGUAAAUAGAACGAUAAAUUAAUAAAGUGAAGGUGUAAUUUAGAGUGAGGUGAAUAGUGGAAGUAAUUUAUUGUGCACAGUAACCCAAUAGAAUCUGGAGAUACACAGCAUUGAAAACACCUAAAGCGUAAUAACGAGCAUGCCUUAACCAGAGAUCAGGGGAAAAAAAAAUCUCUUAGCUUACGACACAGAACAGCCAUUUACUCAUCCAUCCAUCCAUCCAUGUAUAGUGCCACCCAUUUAAACCUUCCCUCCUUUUCCAAUACCGGAGAGAAAAUAAAAUAAAUAAAAGAACUCAGUAAGCUUAA